AUGCACAGCGGGAGAGAGACAAUAUAUCACAAUGGAUCCCUGCUUCUUGAAAAGGUCACCCAGAAGGAUGCAGGAUUCUAUACCCUACGAACCUAUGAUAGAGGUGGAAAAUUUGUAUCAACAAUAACCAUGUACCUCUACGUGCAAGCUUUCCUUUGGAAGUGCGGACGCCUUGCUACCUCUGACCAGCCCACCAUUGAAUCAGUGCCACGAUGCGUGGUUGAAGGGGGAAAUGUUGUUCUACUCGUUCACAAUCCACCAGAGAAUAUUUUAGGCUAUGUCUGGUUCAAGGGAAGGGCUAAAUUCAAGAAUAUUGUGGCCACCCGGUUAAUACAAGAUAUGAAAGCAACUGUGUGGGGACCUGCAUACAGUGGCAGAGAGACAUUGCACAGUGAUGGAUCCCUGCUGCUUAAUCGUGUCACUCGGAAAGACUCUGGAUUGUACAUGCUACGAAUAUUGAGAACAGAUGCGGGAAGUGAAUACACACAAGUGCAACUCCAGGUGGACACUUCCCAAUCUCAGAUCUGCAACCCUUUCACUUCUUCCCAAAUCAUGAUCCAACCGGUGCCUCGCGAUGCAGCUGAAGGGGAAGACGUAGUUCUCCAAGUUUAUAAUCUUCCAGAAGAAAUGAAAGCCUUUUCCUGGCACAGAGCAACGUAUAGAGCUCCAACCCUUCAUAUUGUAAAAUACAACAGAGCCACAAAUUCCAUCUCCUGGGGGCCUGAACACAGAAUCAGAAAAACCUUAUACAAGAAUGUGACACAGCCCUUUGUGCGAAUCACUGACACCACAGUCUCUGGAGGUACAUCUGUGAUCUUCACCUGCAUUUCACCUGACACUGAUGUCUCCAUCCGUUGGAUCUUCAAUGAGAAGAAUCUUCAGCUCACAGAGAGGAUGACUCUGUCUCCUACAAAAUGUGGACUCAAAAUAGAUCCUGUCAGGAGUGAGGAUGCUGGAGAAUACAAGUGUGAGGUCUCCAACCGAUUCAGUUCAAAGACCAGUCUCCCAGUUUCCUGGGGUCAUCAUAAGUGA